ACUUAGAAACAUUGCAACCAGGAAAUGUCUUCCUCUCUGCCUGCGUCUCUGUUCCUGCUGUCUCUGGUUUUCUGCCAGUUUGUUUCUGCUGCAGGUCAGAACAACGUGACAGUUACAGCUGAACCUGGAGAUAACGUCAUUCUGCCAUGUAAAUCUACUGACCAGGAAGAAAUCAAACUGUCAGAGUGGAGCAGAACUGAUCUGAAGACAGGAUACGUCCUCCUGUACAGAAAUUUGCAGUUUGAUCUAGAAAACCAGGAUCCGUCUUACAGGGACCGGGUUGAUCUGCUGGUUGGUCAGAUACAGAAAGGAGACGCGUCUUUGAUUUUACAGAACACGACGAUUGAUGACAGGGGAACGUAUGAAUGUCACGCUGUUAAAUCAGACCUUGAGAAGAAACUGAUCAGCUCCGUCAGCCUGGUUGUGGCUCCUCGUUCUCCAGAGUGCCAGGUGACUCCAUCCCUGUUGCCACUGCAGGAUGAAUCCAGCACCACUGACUGA